AUGAGCACCUUUGCUGAGAUCCUGAAAGAGAUCGGGGUGUUUGGCUUCUUCCAAAAGCGCAUGUUUGCAGCGUUAUGCCUCCCCAACCUGUUUGUGGCUUUUGAUAUCAUGAGUCCUGUGUUCACGGGGCUGUCUUUCCCGAACCACUGCAACACGGACUGGAUCCUGAAGCAGGCGCCCAACCUGACAGAGGAGAGGCAGAAGAAUCUCACCAUCCCGGUCGACAGAGAUGGAAACUACGAAAGCUGUAGAAUGUUCACGCCGGUGGAUUGGGAUCUGGAGUGGAUCGAAAAGUACGGGCUCAACACCACCACCGCGUGUAUCAAUUCGUUUUAUUUUUCCAUUUUCACUUAUGUUUUUCAUGUAUGUCUCUGCACUCAGUUCAACCUGGUGUGCGACCAGAGCAGCUUAAUAGAAAUCUCAGUGGCAUCUCCUCAGUGGCAUCUCCUCCUCUGGCAUUCUUGCCAAAGCAUUUGUGAUCGUAAACUCUGCUCUCUCUUCCUCUCUGCUGAUAGGUUUGCAACUAGUGUGGUCUAUAGUGGACUCAGCGUGAACGUGGGUGGAUUUGGUCUGAGCAUCUACAUCACUCAGUUCAUCUUCGGUUUGGUUGAAAUUCCUGCUUGUUUUGGAGUCCUGCCUCUGAUAGACUACUUAGGAAGGAAGUACCCUCUGUCAGGGCUGCUCUCAUUUGGAGGACUAGCUUGCCUUGGAAUUCUCGCAAUUCCUAAAGAUCUGCCUGUUGUGGUGACCGUUGUUGCUGUUCUGGGAAAAUUUGCUGCGUUUAGUUGUUCUGCACUGAUUUACAUUUACACCGCUGAGCUGUACCCCACCAACGUGAGACAGAGUGGUGUCGGUCUAAACUCCACGUUUGCUCGAGUGGCAGGAAUUCUGGCUCCGUUGACCAAACUUCUCGUCAUCUUCCAUGAAACGAUCCCCAUGUUGAUCUAUGGAAUCGUUCCAAUCACUGCUGCGGUUCUGUGCCUGUUUCUGCCUGAGACGCGCAACACUCAGCUGCAGGAUCACGUUGAAGACUUGUAA